AUGGGCCGCCUCCACCGCGACGAUCUCGCGGACGCCGCCUCGUCGCACUCGCUGCAUUCCAUCGCCGACGAUGACGAGCUGCCCCCUCCUUACACCGAUGAGCCCGAUCUUGAUCCUGUUCCUGCUUCCAGUGCUAUCGCCGCAUCCUCUUCCCGUCCGACCGGUACAUUCCGGCCCCUCCGCAUCGUCGACGCAGCCUAUGCGAUCCCCGGCACCAAGGGCAUCCACUCCUACGACAAGCGUGUCGUGACUCUCGCGCCGAACCUCUCCAGCAAUAAGGAUGAGCUCUUCGAAGUUAUCCGCAGGCAGUUGAAUCUGCCUGUGCGGCCCAUGCUGCUCAUCCAAGGCACCCAUUCCGAGUCCUCCAACGAUGGCAAGCAGAAGAAGAGCAACACUGUGACCGACUUUGAGUUCCGCCUGGAUCUUGCAGAGACCAUGCUGACGGGAUGGGAGGGCGGCCCCAUGCAUAUAAAUUGGAUGGAAGUCGAUGUGAUCCGGGAUGAAGACGGAGUUUCUGCGUUCCGGGGUGGGAUUCUGCGGUCGCGCGCGUACAAGGCUCCAAAGGCGCGUCGGGUUCUUGAUCAUGCCGUGGAUAGCGAUGCUGCCCUUCUCGGUCCGGAUACUGAGGCUGGCAUUGAUUUUGAUGGUGAGGAGGAAGAGGAGGAGGAAAGCGAGGCCGUUCUGAGCGCCCGCGGUAACCUCAAGCUCUGGUGUGAGCGGUUCUGUCUCGACCCAGCGCAUGUGAAAUCUUUCACUAUCUACCGAGAGCUGAGGGGCUUCGAUCACCAGGCCAUGCGGAAUAUCCUUGACUCUCACAUCCGCGAGCUCAACUAUCGUGGCACCAUCAAGCAGCAUUUCACACAGGCCCACAGCUCUGUCACCGUCUACUCCCCACACUGGAUCAACCGGGCACGCACCAACAAGUAUAUCUGGUGGAUUGUGGUCCUCCUUCAGCUCUGGAUCAUCACCUGGCCAGUUAUCUGGUUGAUGGAAAAGCGAUACGAAAUCGCCUUCGCGCGUUGGAACGCCUCGCUGGACCCGCAAGCCGACUCUAGCUUGGUCAAGUGCUACGCGCAGCAUCGCAACGAGUCAGCCCUGGCUGAAUGGUGGGCUCCAGCUGUCAAGCAGGCUGCAUGGACGCGCCGGUCUGGCGACAAUAAUCUCGUUACGAGGUUGGAUGCUGAGCGGAUGAUGGGAAUGAGCACGGAGCAGUUGAUUAACUUCCGCCCUCGGGAAUCUGAGGCAGAGCUUGAGCGGCGGGGACGUGUCGCCAGAGGUGAAGGUGGCUUUGUCGACAAUGUCGUGGGAUUGGCCCGCGGCAUUAGCGAAGUGGGACAGGAUUGGAGGUUCACCAUGGGAUGGGGUGCUAAUACUUGA